AUGCUACCCUACAUCAACAAACCUUUCGAGUUACUCUCUGGAGCCAUCGGCGCUUCUCCAGACGAGCUCAAACUCAUUUUCUCCUUCCUACUCUCCUAUCCGCUCGCCGCCCUCCUGAAGCGAGUUCCUGACGCCCGCCCGCAAUACAAGAACCUCUUCAUCAUAAGUGGUGGUCUUUUCUACCUAGUGGGCCUCUACUCGUUAUGGGCCGGCGUUCGAAGCAUCAUCAUCUCCUCCGGCGUCACCUACGCUCUCGCGCACUACCUACGAACGUCCCCAUAUAUGCCAUGGAUCGCCUUUGUCUUUCUGAUGGGCCACAUGGCUACGAACCAGCUUGCGCGCCAAUUUGCCGGGGACCCCUCCUCCGUUGAUAUUACCGGCGUACAGAUGGUGCUCCUGAUGAAGCUGUCAGCUUUUGCUUGGAACGUAGCCGAUGGGGCGCUGCCCGAGGACCAGCUCAGUGAUUUCCAGAAAGACCGCAGAAUUCCCCAGCUGCCAAGCUUGUUGGACUUUGCCGGAUACGUGCUGUUCUUCCCCUCGCUGAUGGCGGGCCCGUCGUUCGACUACAACGAGUAUAGAGGGUGGAUCGACUGCUCCAUGUUCGAUGUGCCCGCAACCGUCGACCCAGCGAAGAAGCCUCCAACAAGGAAGAAGCGCAAGAUCCCCAGGAGCGGUACUCCUGCGAUGUGGAAGCUGGCCAGUGGUCUCUUCUGGAUCUUCCUUUUCUUGAACUGCAACAAGUGGUGGAGUUCCGACGUGCUCUUCAGCGACCGCUUCAUGACCUACAACUUUCUACACCGGGUCUUCAUCAUGCAUAUGGUUGGCUUCACGGCUCGGCUGAAGUACUAUGGUGUGUGGUUCAUGGCAGAAGGCUCUUGUAUCCUUGCUGGCCUGGGCUAUGAUGGCGUAGACCCUGCUACGGGUAAGGUCUCGUGGAACAGGCUGCAGAACAUCAAUCCAUGGGGCGUCGAGACUGCACAGAACAGUCGUGCGUAUCUGGGAAACUGGAACAUGAACACCAACAAAUGGCUACGCUACUACGUGUACCUGCGCGUGACGCCGAGAAAUAGGAAGCCUGGUUUCCGCGCGAGUCUGGCCACGUUCGUUACCAGCGCCUUCUGGCAUGGGUUCUACCCAGGAUACUACCUCUCCUUUAUACUGGCCAGCUUCGUCCAGACUGCCGCAAAGCAUUACCGUCGAAACGUGCGCCCCUUCUUUCUGGACCCCGUCACGCAGGAGCCGCUACCGAGCAAGAAAUACUACGAUAUCGCCUCUUGGGUCGCGACGCAGGCUAUCUUCUCUUUCACCGUUGCGCCCUUUGUCAUUCUGCGACUCGACCAGUCUCUCACCGCCUGGUCGCGAGUCUACUUCUACGCCAUCAUCGCCACCGGUACGAGCUUGGCCUUCUUCAAUUCCCCAGGAAAGGCCUAUCUGCGUGCUCAGCUCGAGAAGCGCACGAGAGAAACUGGCGCGCAAAUGAUUCACGACGCUGGGGGUGCAUCGCGUCAGGAGCCGAUGCAACUGGGUCUUAGUUCGGAUCCUGGUCAAGAUAUAGACGAGGCUAUCCAGGAGAUGCGCGAAGAGGUGGCGAAGGCGCAGGCGAAGAAGAAGGAGUACGACCUGAAGAGGGCAGACCAAGGGAAGAAGAAGUUGUGA